GUAUGUUUGACCAACCUCCAGAUCGAUAUUCGAUAGCAUCCCAGGUUGUACUUACUUCCGCCAUCCUGUUGCCUGUAUCAACGGUCUGGAUAGUGGAAGGGCAAUGUUGUACGCAAGCACUGCGGCACAACUUCGUUGUCUUUAAACAUCAGCCAGCCAGUUAAAGUAAUCCUUCCUGCAGGGGAGCCUAAUCGCGUGCUCUGGUCUUCUUGCAAAAUGUAAAGUGUAAAGCAAAGCCUUUUAAAUGUUAUACAAGGUUGUAAGUAUCGUUCUGGAACACACCAUCACCCGAGUUUCCGUCAAACUUUUCAGGGACAGACUGAACAGUACUAUUUAUUCUCUAGUAGCAAAUGUAUCGUGCAUGAUUGUUAAAUCCGAUACAAUCUCUAGAAAGAUUUGAUUAUUUUAUUUGUCGACGGACAAUCCUCAGAGACAUAAUAUAGCAUAAGUAUAUUCUUUCCCUUUUGCUCCGUUUCUUAAUACCAUCUUCCUGUGGACAAGACACGUCCUUUGGUUUGCGGAAAUGGAAGAAGAUUAUGCUAGCCCUGGGAUAAUUUCUCAAGUAUUGUUGCCGAACAUCUCGGCAUGACCACCUCCGAUAUACAGCCAACAUCCAGUUUCGCCGAAAUGGGAGGCACGUCAUUGAACGCUGUAUCGACGGUGCUAAAGUUACAAGAAUCCGGAUAUACCGUCACCGUCGAGCAGUUUAUGCGCAAUCAGAAUCUGGAUGCGUUGUUGCAGAUAGUGACGUCGGCUGAUGCGAAUACUAACCAUCAGCAUGACUAUGUUAUAAAAAAUCUUAAGGAGAAUAUCGAACUAAUUCCUGCCGCGCAGAAGCUCUUGUCCGACAGCUUCAUGGCAAAAUGUGAAUGGUAUUCUAAGUGCGGCAAUAUGCUAGCAGAUGACCUCACGACCGUGUAUGAAAAGUGGUGGGAUGCCCUGGUCGAUGACAGUUUCGCUGUUCUUACCCAAGAUGGCACGAUGAAAGCGGCAUCUUUGGCCGGAGACCUGACGGUCAUACAGAACCUGGAUUUAACGGAUAUUCAUCCGCAUUUCAUCACGAUACUGGAUAUGCUACAGUCCAUUACCACACCAGUUUUGCUCAAGUACAAUCCUCAAAAUCGUCAGAAUGUCGUUUUUUCAAAAUUUAUGCUUGGAGCCGCCACAGACAAUACGGCCGAAGAAAAUGUUGCUUUAUUCCUGCUCAUGGAGCGAAAACUGCGUGAUUUGGCCCAAGAAAAGCAUUACACAAUUACUUUGGCAGAAAAUGUGAGCCCGUUAACGCAGCAAAUAUCGGAUUAUUUGGGUUGUACGCGCUGUGCAGAAAUUUAUCCUUGCACAUGGGAAGAUGCCGAUGGCCAAAAACCUUUUGCCGCUUGUAGCAUGGAUUUUAACGUGACCGUCGACGUUUUUGAGUUAAAUAAGCUUGAUGAGAAAGAGUAAAAGUAACAUUAUUGAGAUUCUGGCUUUAUUUGUAGACUAUAAUCUCAGUUUAGGAAUUGCCCGUGUGUAUAUGUGACGUGUAAGUUCGAAAAAUUUAACUUGCUAAAAAAGACGGCAAAGCUCCUUAAUACCAUGUGAACGAAAAGAAAAACUAGCUGGACACAUAAUAGCAGUAAAGUCGUAUUUAAAACCAAAACAAUCACAUCUUAAUUCGUCGUUUUAAAAAAUUCAAAUGAUUUUUAUUUAUUAGUGUUUGAAUCUUUUUUGUUGGCGGCAUUUUUCUCUGUGUGAUUCGAAGCCGUUCCACCUCGUCCGUUGCCGUUUCCGGCGGUUGAUCCAGAUUUCUGAGGUAAAGCAAUUGGUCCAGUUGGUAAGAAAUUGCCUUGUCCGGGCGGCAGAACCGGCACAGGUCCGAUUGGAGUCUGUGCAUGCAGCAUCAUAUGCGGCCCACCCCGUGGCACACCCUGAUUGGGGUUAAUGUUAAAUCCACCCGGUCCACUUGGUGACGGCGGCUGAAGUGGCGAUCCCAUCGCCACGUUGGGUGGAAAAAGAAACGGAGCAUUGGAAGGUGGAGGCACGUUGCCGGUCGACCGUUCAUUGCAGCUGGAUUGAAGUUCACUGGGCCUCCCGGCAUAAAUGGCGGUUGGUUUUGUUCCACCAUUUGGCGCAGGUCUUUGAGCGCGCUGAUAUUACGCAGCAACUGGUCGUUAGCUAAUAACGUUAGGUUCUGUAGAAUGGUCUCAAUGUUGAAUGGGAGGGGAAAGGGUGGCGGCGGAAUUACGGGUUGGUUAUUAAAGGCGCUCCGGGAUUAUUGGGUUGUUCGGGGAUCGGCGGCGCAGGGGAGAUGGAUAGGUCACGACUGAAAACGCCGCUACGUUGCCUGCUGGAUUCGGUGGGGUCGAUACAACCCUGCUGCAUCAAGAAAUCGUGAAAAUUUAGCUCGCCCAGGAAGCUCAUACUGCGUUUCUUUGUCCAUCUCUUAGCCAGACCCAAUUCCAAAUAGUUGCCAACCAUUGGAUCAAAAUUCUCGCCAAAUCCAUAUCUGUUGUUAUAAGAGACUGGUUCAUUACAACGUAAAAAC